UAUCCCAAUUUUGAAUAAUUUAUCUGUUGAUUUUUCAAGUCUUGUGAACACUAGGUCAACUAAGCUCCUAAAAUAUUCCACGAAUUUUGAAAAUGGAAUUUUGAGGAAAAUUUUUAUGAAAACUGUCUCGGCUACCGUAUUUCCUUUAAUAAAUGCCCGAGGAUUCUAUUUUUAAUCACCUUCCAAAGGGGAAUUCUGUUAGAAGAGGGAGAGGGAAGCAUCAAAUUAGAUAGGGAGGGCAUCAACUGAAGAGGCAUACAAUUAGAGGGUACACUGUACUUAUCUCUCUCAAUUGCCUCACUUACAAAGAGGUAUCUAUUAGAGGGAGAGGAGCUUCGAAUUAGAGGGGAAUGGGCAUCACUUUGAGGGGCAUACAAUUAGAGGGCUUACGGUACUCAUCCUUCUCUCAAUUGCCAUCACUCACUUGACUUGUUUCUCAUUUUACCCCAAAUUCCAAUAAAAAGGUUAAAAACCAAUUUUUAAUUUUUGCAAACAAACGAACACUUCUUUUAGCCCAAUCAACAACAAAAAAGACAACAUUUAAUCCUUCAUUUACACCUAUUUUUAUUUUUGUCCUUUUUUUAUUGCAUUCUUUUAAAGUUGAUUUGUUGCCAUGCCGUUUUUAAGCUUUUUUUAUUGUGUAUUGGUCCUUUAAAAAUAAUUAGGGGAAGAAGAAACUUUUGUUGUAAGCUGGGACAAAACAUUUUUUGCAGGGAAGAAAGAAAACAAAGUUUAUUUUUAUUAGAGAUAAGGGAAAAAUAAGAGAGUAUUUAGAAAAUUAGAGAAAAGUUUGUUCUCCUAUCUAUAUUUGACCAAAACCACAUUUCGCCAAUAAGGCUAAAAAUUCACAUUUUGUCAACAAAGCUUUAUUGACUAAAUGUAAAUUUUUAGCCUUCUUGGCAAAAUGUGGUAUUUAUCAAAUAUGGGGCCUUAUUAACAAAGCCAAGUUUAUUUGAAAGUUAGAGAAAAACAAAAAGAACAAACAAUUAACAAAGUUUAUUAAUAGGUUAUAGAAUGGAUGAAAAUAGAAAAUAGAUUGGAAUGAAAAGAAUGAACAGGGGGGAAUGAUUAGUUUUAGUGGAUGUGAUCAAUCCUUCCUUUUCUUCCAUUUAUCCAUUCCUUUACUAAAAACGAACGGCUAAAAAAAGAAAUAAACAAAAGAAAACAAAUAAAGCAACAAAUGAUUGAAUUGGGGGCUUUUAGAGUCUGAAAAUGCAAAGAGUAGAAGUCAUGAUUUUUUGUUCUUUUUGGGAGCAGGGUUAAAUUGGGCUAUAAGAUGGGAAAGCAUUUCGUAAUUGAAUCUUAUUUUAACUUCACUCCCUCUCCCUCCCUCCCACUCUCCCUCCCUCUCUCCCUCCCUCUCUCUCUCCCCCUCUCUCCCUCACACACUCUCUCUCCCACUCUCUCCCUCCCACUCUCUCUCUCUCUCAAUUUCCUUCCCAAUACAAAGAUUCAAUCUCUUACUUAUUCCUGCUAUUUAAUUUAUUCGAAAUAUCACAUAUGUAUGAUCCCAAGCUCUCUUUAAAGUCUUUAUCUUAUACCUCCCAAGCUCCUAGUUAUCCUAUUCUUCUGAAUCUCUUUCCUAUCCCUUUCUAUUUUACCUCUCUCAUUCUUAUCCCAUCAUUUUCUCAGUCUCUAUUGUCCAUACCUUCUUAUCACAGUUUCUCUCACAUAUCCCAAUUUCUCCGUUAUCCCGACUCGGAAGGUUCAUAAAAAGGACAAAAGAUAUAGCAGACAUUUCCCUAUCCAGACUCAAGCCUGCGUACUCAAACUUACAUUCUCUCUUAAGAUUUCAGACUCUAAUGUACUCUCUUAUGUUUUAGUAUUUAGUAGGCUAUAAAGAUUUAAUUAGGUAAUAAUUCCAAAAAAAAAUUUUUUUAGCUGGCACUUGAUCACAAAAAGCGUGUGAUUCACACGGGAAAGUAGAGCAAAAGCAGCCAACAAACAUUUGAUCAGAGCACAGAGAGCAAAAAAUAGGGGGAAACUUUUUUUCCUUUCUUCAUUCUU